AUGGAGGAUCACAGGGAAAUCGAGAAUGGUUUUGCAUCAGAGGAUCGAAAUGAGAUUGAUGUGUUGGAGGAUGUCAUUCGGGAUCAAGGUGAUUAUGCAAUGUCUUCAAUGGUGAACCAGACAUCAAAAUCGGUGAUUGGUAAACCAGGAAAGAAAAAGAUGAGAUGUGAAACGCCACCAAAAUCCGUGACUGCAAUAGAUGAGAUGGACCGCAUAUUACUACGACACCUUAGCUCAUCGCGUGUGGAGAGACCUCGUCAUUCUUCUGUUGACGUAGAAAUCUUUGCUGCAAGACUGCAGAUCAGAAAUGCUCCCAUCAUAGUGAACGAUCAAGAUCUUUACGCUCCUCUUUUUCGGAAUGUUUCAUCUUUUAAAAGGAGUUAUUAACUUAUGGAGCGCACACUCAGAGUUUACGUCUAUAAAGAUGGGAACAAACCCAUCUUUCAUCUACCGAUACUUAAGGGAUUAUAUGCCUCGGAGGGAUGGUUUAUGAAAUUGAUGCAAGGGAAUAAGCGUUUCGUUGUGAAGGACCCUCGAAGGGCGCAUCUGUUUUAUAUGCCUUUUAGUUCUCAAAAGCUGGAGUACACCCUUUAUGUACGGAAUUCACAUAACCGGACUAACCUACGCCAGUUUAUGAAGGAUUACACAGAAACUAUUGCAGCGAAGUAUCCGUACUUUAACCGAACUGGUGGAGCAGAUCAUUUCCUCGUUG